AGUACCUGCCCAAUUUAAGGUCACCUCAUCCCAUCAAUAUCCAUGUUGUAAAACCAGAAUUUACAGGCAGUAACAACAACCCAAAUGGGCAUUGAUUUUUUGGCAGAGGCAGCAAUAGUAAGAGUGAUGAUCUGUGUAUGUCCAAAGAUAUUUACAUGAAAGGCAUGGAAUCACCUCUUCUAGCUGAUGGCAGUUGUUGCUGUGGGUUGAGUACUUAUCUAGUUUCUUUCUAAUCACUGUUUCUUUCUGCCGGAGGACUAGAAUUUGAAAGUACACAGAUGGCUUCAAGAUUUAUGUUAAAUCAAUGCUGAACAUGAAUAAACAUGGUGUCAGUUAGCAACUAAAGGAGGAGCAAUAACUUGAGUUUUUUAUGUUUGCUACAGAAUCACCUUCCCUUUCCUUCCGCAAAGGUGGGGCACUGCAAAAAGCCAAUGAGUUGUCUUCUGAUCACUUCUUCAGAUUCCAGUAACAUUGGCUCUUAUCACACUAUUGAUUCCCCAAGUCAAUUCAUGAGAUUGGAUGGUUCAAUGUUCAAGUUCAUUGAAGGAGAAUUGACGGCUUCACCAGAUGUCAUGGUCAUCUGCAACAGUAGUUGGAGGUGCUGCGGGUGCAUUUGCAUUGGCAGCAAUAAUCAUUGGGGUUGUGUGGUUUUGCAAGUUACAUUGUAAAAAAUCCUCAAACAAAAACUCAGAGACAGGUUCUUCAGAACCUUCUGCAUUAGGGGAGUGGAACAGAGGUGGUGGAUCAGGUUCAGCAGCAGCUCAGCCUUCAUUAGGACAACCUGGGGAAAGGCAGUUCACAAUGGAAGAGUUGGAGCAAGCCACCAAGAAUUUCAAUGAAAGCAAUCUCAUUGGAUGUGGCAGUUUUGGAUUGGUUUAUAAAGGUUUGCUUAGUGAUGGGACUGUUGUGGCUAUCAAAAGGCGACCGGGUGCUCCUAGACAAGAAUUUGUUUUAGAGGUAGCAAAUUUGUCGGAGAUUCGGCAUCGUAAUCUAGUCGCCCUUCUGGGUUACAGCCAGGAAAGCAGGACUCAAAUUUUAGUUUUUGAAUAUCUACCAAACGGCAGCAUAUGCAAUCAUUUAUAUGAUUCUGGACAAGAUUCAACAGCAAAACUAGAGUUCAAGCAAAGACUAUCCAUAGCUCUUGGGGUGGCUAAAGGUCUAUGCCAUUUGCACUCCCUAAAACCUCCUUUGAUACACAAGAACUUCAAAACAGCAAAUGUGUUGGUCGAUGAGAACUUCAUUGCUAAGGUUGCAGAUGCAGGGAUUUCCAAACUCCUUGAAAAGAUAGACGAUGCGGGUCCAUCACACACAACUAAUAUCAAUAUUUUCAGAGAUCCAGAGGUAGAAGAAUCAGGAAGCAUGUCUGAAAUAAGUGAUGUAUACAGCUACGGAGUAUUCCUUUUGGAACUCAUAACUGGACGAGAGACUUCAAAUAUUGACUUCUUCAGAUAUGAAGGGAACUUAAUCCACUGGGUGGAAAAAAGACUGAAUUCAAACAAACUUGUGGACUGUCGGCUAUUUGGAAGCUUCACCUUACAGGGAAUGAAGGAUUUGAUCAAUCUGACACUGCAGUGCAUGAGUGUUCCAGGAAAGGGGCGACCUAAGAUGGAAAUUGUUGUGUUUGAGCUUGAACGGAUUCAUGAAAAAGAGAUGGCACUAACAACAGGCAUGGGUGAGGAUACUACUAUAUUUACUUUAGGAAGCCAAUUAUUUACUUUGAAAUGAGGAGAACCAGUGGGAACAGUCACUUUUCAUGUCUUUUAUUUUGAGCCAAGCUCAUGCCACCAUUAACUAGCAGCAAGCUCUUAUUUGAUUGUUCUGGGCAAGAAGGGAGCCUGAAGAAGAACAACUUGAUCCAUUUUAUGAAGGUUUGGAAUGUAAAUUACGAACCUUUUUUUUUUUUUUCUUUCAAAAUAUCCUUCUAGAUAAAUGUUAGCUUGGAAGAUCCACAUGUGCGCCUUCAAUUAUCUAAAGCGGCAACAAGAAGAAAAUUAAUGUGGAUGGCAUUUUUCUGAACAGG